UAAGGCGAGUCUCGAAUGGGGCGCAUGCGCCACGGUGCUCUUUUCUUCCUUCCCCCCCUAAACCGGGUUGGGUUAUACCGAGAUUGCAGUGCAUGUUGGGAAACCGGGGGUUUUGCUGCUUUUUCCUCUCUGGGGGGUCUGGGCCGAGGCUGCAUCUGCAGAGAUGGAUGUCUUUCUAAUGAUCCGACGUCACAAGACAACUAUCUUCACAGACGCCAAGGAGUCCAGUACAGUGUAUGAGCUGAAAAGAAUUGUGGAGGGGAUUCUUAAGAGGCCUCCAGAAGAACAGAGAUUAUACAAGGAUGAUCAGCUGCUGGAUGAUAGCAAAACCCUUGGAGACUGCGGCUUCACCAGUCAGACAGCACGGCCACAGGCCCCAGCAACAGUCGGCUUGGCUUUCAGAGCCAGUGAUGCCUUUGAGAACCUCCGCAUCGAUUCCUUUUCCAGCCCCCCAGAGCUCCCAGACGUGAUGAAGCCCCAGGACUCUGGCAGCAGCGCUAAUGAGCAAGCAGUGCAGUGAAGGAUCAAGGCUACUGGAGUUUGCUGCACAACCCAUGAUAUCCUUGAGCCCUCUUCCCCCAGCCUCAUCUGACACGGAGAAAGAUAUGGCAUCAUCCCUUGUCUCUGACCCUGGUUUCCCGUUUAGCCCUCUUCCUCUAAGCAAGACUACAUGUCGCCCUUCUAAACCCAUCCUCACUCAUCUGACAGAGCUGUUUUCACUUUGGUUUUGAAAAUAAUAAAAGGUCAGCUGUUUUUUUUCCC